AUGACUCCUCUUGAAGCACAAGUAGCCGAUAGCAUCUUGGCCAUCCUCCAAUUAGGCCUUGAGAUUCAAGAACAACAUCGCCUUUAUUUGAUGUGCAGGCACAGUGCAAUGCUCUUCCAGCGACUCGAGGCUGAGCAGAAACAAAACGUGGAGAACCUGAGACAAGAAGCCGCGCGCUUGCAGGGGGAGGUUGGGAAUGGGGUUCCUGUUUGCCUGGAGGCUGCAGAUCUUGUUGGAGACGACCGUGAUAUGCUUGGGAUGCAGGGGAUAGCGCACGCGCAAGAGGCCCGCAAGGCAACACUCAAACAACUAACCCAAACCCUCCUGGAGACCGCUGCCCGUCUCAAGAAGGAAGUGGAAAGGGAACACGAGACAGAAGGGGACGGAUAUGCUGUGGAUCGACCUAUUGAACUGGACAACGAGGGCAGGCAAACUCGAGGUGGAAGGAUGGUUGAUGAGCCAAUCAUUAUUGAAUAA